AUGGACUAUGAAUCCAAGGAUCCUGAGAAUGAAGUUAUUAACCCGACAAUCAACGGUGUGUUGAGCAUCAUAAAAUCAUGUGUGAAAGCGAAGACAGUGAAGAGGCUAGUCUUCACAUCCUCAGCUGGAACAGUCGAUGUCCAAGAACACCAACAAUUUGUGUUUGAUGGAACCAAUUGGAGUGACUUGGAUUUCAUCUAUAAGAAGAAGAUGACUGGUUGGAUGUAUUUUGUGUCAAAAACAUUGGCAGAGAAAGCAGCAUGGGUCAACGCAGCUAAAGAGAACAACAUUAAUUUCAUCAGUAUUAUACCAACACUAGUGGUGGGCCCUUUUAUCACUCCAACAUUUCCACCAAGCCUAAUUACUGCUCUUUCACCAAUCACAGGGAAUGAAGCUCACUACUCAAUUAUAAAGCAAGGUCAAUUUGUGCAUUUUGAUGAUCUGUGCCAAUCUCACAUAUUCUUGUAUGAGAAUCCUCAAGCAGAGGGAAGAAACAUUUGCUCCUCAUGA